AUGCAGAAAAUAAAUUUCCAAGAAGAUUGGAAACUCAUAACCAUUUUUAUAGGAGGAAAUGACCUUUGUGAUUAUUGUAAUGAUUCUGUACGUUCUUCUCCUGAGUACUACAUAAAUAGUAUACAGUCAUCUCUGGAUAUACUCCAUAAAGAGGUCCCUCGUGCAUUUGUGAACCUGGCAACAGUUCUUGAUGUGAUACCUGUGAGGAAAUUGUAUCAGGAGAAGAGCAUUUACUGCCCAAGAUUGAUUAUGAGGGCACUGUGUCCAUGCAUUUUCAAACCUAAUGACAAUUCCUCUGAAAUUGAAAAGUUGGAGUUUUUAAAUCGAAGAUAUCAGGAAGAAACGCAUCGCUUAAUCAAGAGUGGAAGGUAUGACACAAGAGAAGAUUUCACUGUGGUUGUGCAGCCACUUUUCGAAAAACCAGAAAUGCCUAUGACUCCGGAUGGGCUUCCAGAUGCUUCAUAUUUUGCGCCAGACUGUUUUCAUUUCAGCCAGAAGACUCAUAUCCAGGCUGCUCGGGGGCUGUGGAACAACAUGUUGGAACCCAUUGCAGAAAAGACAAUAAUACAAAGACUUGAACCUGAGAUAACACUCAAAUGUCCAAACCAGGCCCAGCCAUAUUUAAUGACAUACAAAAACAGCAACUAUACUUACCACAAGGAAAAUACUCCCGUUUAUGGAAGCCAGAUGCUGUGCAAGGAUAAAGCACCAUCCAUCGAAUAUCCUACUUCAGUGCAUAGCCUAAAACCAGCUGAUGUGCAAGUAAUAGCUGCCUUGGGAGAUUCCUUGACUGUAAGAAGCCUGGCUGGUAUUGGAAUUGGAUCAGCACCAAAUGAUAUGCAGGAUAUGCAUACACAAUAUCGGGGUCUGGCUUGGAGGCAGUUCCAGGAGCACAGGCUAGAUAUCCUUCGUGAAUUCAAUGCUAACCUCACAGGUUAUUCAAUUGGUAUUGGUGAAUUUAUUGAGGCAAAUGCGUUUCUCAAUCAGGCAGUUCCAGGAGCACAGGCUAGGGAUGGUGAGAGGUGUUUGCAGAAAAUUCUGCUUCAUGUCCCUUCAGUUUUGGGUGCUGUUGAUCCACUUCGAGAUGGAAAUUGUCUUGGGACAGCACAAAAAAAAAUAAAAGGAAUAGCACAUCAAUAUUAUCUAACACUUUUAUCUUGGAAUUAUAAUGCAAAGCUGUUUCAGGAAAUAUCAGGACAUCCUUAUGUAUGGGAAAUCUAUGAAACAGAACAAAUCAAGGAACAGAUCAACAACUCACUUCAGAUUCUAAGACUUCCUAAAAAGUGCAAAGGGGAUCUACCAGAUCAAGUAAAGCAUCUUGUAAAAAUCAUGAAAAAUGAUUUGAAAGUCAAAUUCGACACUGUCUGGAAGGUCAUAACAAUAUUCAUUGGAAUCCAAGAUCUCUGCAACUAUUGCAAAGAUAUU